AUGUUAAUUAAUAAGAAAAUAUAUCUAAUAUUAUGGGUCAUCAUUGCACUCACACUUUCUUUGCUAUUCUUUUUUGAUCAAUUCUUUAUUUAGAUCUUAAUUAUUGGAUUAUUAUGUUUUAUAACAUGGACAAUAAGCCCAAAGUGGUAACCCUAAUUAGGAAGAGAAAUUUCAAAAAUUAAUACAACUUGUGUUGCAUUUGGAUGCCUCAUUUAUUUAGCUUGGAUUAUUAGAAAUAGUUAUACAGGAUUUAGCAUUUUUUUAUUAAAUUAAGUCUUAUUUCAUAUGGGUGAGAUGUUGCAUGUUGCAUUUUAUAAAUUCAAUGAAAUAAAAUGGGGAAGUAUCAAAUUAAAUAAUUAGGUUACUUAAUAAACCACAGUUUUGGAUACAAUUUGGCGAUCUCAUUUUCAAUAUCUGAAUAUUUUCUAGAAUCUUCUUUAUUCAAUAAAAAUAUUUAUAUAUUCAUAUUUAUUGGUUUUCUAACAACUUUGUUAGGACAUAUUUUUAGAAUUGGUGCAUUUAUAUCAGCUAAAUAAAGUUUCCAUCAUUAAGUUUAAAGUAAAAAAGCUUCAGAUCAUAUUUUGAUAACAAGUGGAAUUUACAAGUAUUAUUCAUAAUAGAAUUUUAUAUUAGAAUCAGCAGACACCCUAGUUAUUUUGGUUUUUUUAUCUAUUCAUUAGGAUAAUAAAUUAUUAUGAUAAAUCCUAUCUCAUUUAUAGCCUAUGUUCCAGUUCUAUAUAAAUUUUUUAUUUCAAGAAUUUAUUUAGAAGAACAUUAUCUAUAUUAAUUUUUUGGUUAUGCAUAUUAAGAAUAUAGUGCUAGGACACCAGUAUUAAUUCCAUUUAUAGAGUAUUUUUUAAGAUUUUGA